GGAAUAAUUUUGUUUAUGAACUUUCUUAGGAAUUGUGAAAAAUAACAUAAUAUGCACAAAUGUUUUACCAAUGUUUCUGCAUAAUUUUACAAUUACAUUAAACUGUAACAUUUAUGUGAAAGAUUUGCCGUUCCAAAUAUUUCAACAAACUGCAAUAAGAUUCCAAAUAAUUGAGUUUGUUAGAAGUUCAGUCUAUGCAAAAUAUCUACUGUAAACUUUGUCAGCACAAAAUUAUACAUUUCACGAAUGUAUAAUUUUGUACAAAUGCAGGAGUUCAUGCAAUCAUGUCAGAGCUUAACGCAACUCAUUUGCUAAUUUAUCAAAUUGUGUCAAUCUAAAGAAUCUGUUGCCAAAUUACUGGAAAUUAAUUUUAUCAUCUAGGAUUUUUAUUAAUUAUGUAAAAAUAAAAUUUAAAUUGAAUUGCAUGAUUUCCCAAAAAUACAGAAUGAAAAAGGGACACAGAAAAAAAAUAGAACUUGUAAAUUCAUUCUUUUAUGAAUCAGAUAUCGGGCCAUUCAAAUUUUACACAAUUUUAGUAUGAAAAAUUAAUAUUAUAUGUGUCUCUUUUUAUGUAUUGCUUAGGCUGUUGAUAAAUGUUAAUUACUAUUUUUUCACAGUACCUAUAAUAGUGAUAGCGAGAUAUUUGCAUUGUUGUAUAUAGGAAAUUAUUCAUAAGGCGCGUGUAUUAGUAUAUAUAUAUAUAUAUAUAUAUAUGUAUAUAAAUGUAAUUAUUAUUUAUAGACGAAAUUCAUAUUGAAACGACUGUCCUGUUUUUACGUUUAUAUUUUAGGUAAAACGAGAUAAAAAUAAGUCUCUCGAAAUGAAUAAACAAAUUGACAGAAACAUGUGUCGUAUAUUUUUUUUGCCAAAAAGUAUACGAUAUUUCGUUUGAUCCAAAAUACAUAAUUAUGAAUAAUAUACGAAAUAUAAGUAUAUAUAUAUAUAUUCCUUAUACAGUGAUUUUCCUAACCUGUCGAGUCUCGUGCUCAUGUGUCAAAAAGGCUGGACCCUCCUCAGAGAAAUUUGCAUAAUAAUAUAAGAAAAUAAAAUCCACCUAAUAUUUUACGAGAAUCAUAUUUCAACAUUUGACCUAGACAUGUCGAAAGGGAUAUAUUAUGGAAGCAGCAUCAGGAAGCACUUCAUGUUACAAAAAUAUGCAAAUUCUCAUUUCUCUCGGAUGAAACGUUCCAUCCAUGGAUCUUCUGCACUCUUGAAUGCAUCUGCGAUUGAUGCAAAUGCAAACAAAGAAGCUUACAUAAAGCAAGGACCGAUGAGGAAUGUCAGAGAUGGACCUUCCUUGAGGGAUUUUUUAGGAUCGUCCAUUAUCGAUAUUCCCAAGGAAGAACCUGUUCCAUACCUGCAGGAAAUUCGUGGGGAAAAUCAAAAAGUGUACUUUGAAAUUUACGGUUGCCAAAUGAAUGUGAACGACGCUGAUAUAAUAUGGUCAAUAUUGAAAGCUCAUGGCUACAAGCAUACACAAAGCAUAGAUGAUGCAGACAUUGUGUUGCUAGUCACAUGUUCUAUCAGAGACAACGCUGAGCAAAAGGUAUGGAACAAAUUGGAGAUGUUGAAUGGCCUAAGAAACAAGAGGAGAAAGUUUACACAUACACAGUCCAUGAAGAUUGGACUCUUAGGAUGCAUGGCUGAACGCUUGAAGACUAAAAUAUUGGAGAGGGGCAAGCUGGUAGAUGUGAUAGCAGGUCCUGACAGUUACAAGGAUCUACCAAGACUCCUGGCAGUAACCGACAAUGAAACGGCUGUUAAUGUUGUACUAUCAUUUGAUGAGACAUAUGCGGACGUUACACCAGUUAGACUUAAUCAGGAUUCUGUUGGAGCAUAUGUUUCUAUAAUGAGAGGUUGCGAUAACAUGUGCACCUACUGCAUUGUGCCAUUCACAAGAGGAAGAGAGAGAUCGCGACCGGUUGCGAGUAUCCUAGACGAAGUUCGACAGUUAUCGGAUCAAGGUGUAAAAGAAAUAACUCUCCUUGGACAAAAUGUGAACAGUUACAGAGAUUUAUCGCAGUCGGAAUUUGUCGUACCUGAUGCAGAGACUCAUCUCGCUAAAGGCUUCAAAACAGUCUAUAAGAAUAAAAAGGGAGGUCUACGGUUCAGCGAUCUUCUAGAUAAAGUCUCUUUGAUUAAUCCGGAAAUAAGAAUAAGAUUUACGUCGCCCCAUCCCAAGGAUUUCCCCGACGAGGUGUUGCACUUGAUAGCCGAGAGGCCAAAUAUCUGUAAGCAGAUUCACCUGCCCGCUCAAAGCGGCAAUUCCGUUGUAUUGGACAGAAUGCGAAGGGGAUACACCAGGGAGGCGUAUCUAGACCUGGUGUAUCAUAUACGUAAAAUUCUUCCAGAUGUAUACCUCUCUAGCGAUUUCAUCGCCGGUUUCUGCAGCGAGACCGAAGAAGAGUUUCAAGAUACCUUAUCGUUGAUAGACGAAGUGAAAUAUAACACUGCUUAUUUAUUCGCCUACAGCAUGCGCGAGAAAACGACGGCGCAUCGACGAUAUAAAGAUGAUGUCGAAUCGCAUGUGAAGCUGGAGCGUGUAAAUCGUAUGAAUAUGUUGUACAGAAAAGAAGUAGAAAAAUUAAACAAAGCGCAGAUAGGACAACAUCAACUUGUUCUCGUGGAAGGCCCAAGUAAGAGAUGUAAUGAAAAUCUACAAGCUAGAAACGAUGGCAACGUAAGAGUUAUAUUACAAUCUACAGUUACUCGAAUUAAUCAACAUUCAGUUACAACAAGGAAGAUACAGCCUGGUGAUUACGUUGUUGUGCGAAUCGACAAUGCCAACUCUCAAAUACAAGGGAUACCUUUGUAUUGUUCUUCUAUCAGCGAAUAUUCAUUAGAAAGAUAAUGAUUUGUUACAUAAAUAGGAAUUAUAACAUUUAGAAGUUA